AUGGCGGGCAGUUCUCUUGUGUCACCGCGUCUACCGCUGCUUUUUUUCACCGUGUGCGUCGCCGCGGCGUUCCUGCUGCCGAUGCCGGUGGAGGGGAUUCGCUUCACUGCUCGUCCGGGGCGCAAGUGCUUCACGGAGACCCUACCGGAGGCAGGCCGCUACGAGCUGCACUAUAAAAUGGCCCGAAGCUUGACACCGUUUGUGUCCGUCGGCGUCUCGGCCCCCGGUGGACGGGUUAUUAUGGAGCACGCCAUGGCACAGGCCGAUGCGAAGGAGAUCGUCACGGUGGAGAACAGAGGGGAUAUUGCCAUCUGCUUCAACGUUGCGGAGAAGGCGCGACAUAGCGCCACCUCAUUUAACGUGACGCUGGAGGUGAUGGACGCGGAGGACGCCGAGUUGACACGGCAGAAGCGGCAGAGCUACAGCACAUCAAGCGUUAUCGCUGUUGGGGCUGGCAAGGCCAGCGGGGCGCUCCAGCAAAUGGAUUACAUUUUCCACACCAUGUUGCGCAUCCGCUUCGCCUUCACAGACCUAAUGGAUUCCGAUGAAGACAUACGGCACUCCUUUAAGAAGAUGAAUGCAGUCGUGUGGAAGUAUGUGUAUGUGUUUGCCGCCAUGGCAACGCUGAUUUCGCUUGUGACCUAUUUCCGCCUCCGUCAUCACUUCCAGCUUCGGAAAUACAUUUAA